AAAAGCCCUUUCACUAGUCCUGACUCUGCUGAGCCAGAGGUUGUCAAUGUGUUCUAGGCUACAAAACACGAAUCAAACUCAUGUCAUGUGUGAAAUCCUACAAACAGAUAGAGAGCAGAGACUUGUGCAAUCUGCAAAUCUGCGUACAACAGUUAGCCGAUCCCUCCUUCUCUUACACUUGGCAGCUGCGACGGAGAAAGAAGCCGUCUUCUAUUCAAACAACUAAUUUUGCCUAUCCGAUUUCCUUCUCUAUGUAAACUGCAACAUAAAAAAAAAAAAAACAGACAGGUACUUUUCCGACAUCUCUCCAAUUCCAUAGAUUUGAUUUCUUCCGACAUUAUACUGGUUUCUUAAAUUUUUUAUACUAUUGCUAGCCCAGGAUUAGUAAUUUAUUGUUUUGGUUUCUGCCCUUCACCUUCAUCGGAGUUUAGGGUUUAUGUUCUCCCUUUGAACAAGAUAGUUUCUUGUAAUUCAUAACUGAUUCAAAUUGAAUUUUGGCUUCUCCCUGUACCCUUUUUCAUUCAAGUAAAACUAAAACAAAUGAAAAAUUAGGAAGAUUGCUCUAUUCAUUCGACUCUCUCUCCUCUCUCUCUCUCUGUGUCUGACCAUACCGACAAUAUUAGUGUUAAUGUGCAAUGGCCUUUGCGUUCUUCUAUAAGCUACAAUUUCUAUGGCCCUUUUCAUUGUUCAAAUUCGACGAUUUAAGAGCAUCCCAUGACUUAGUCCGCAAGCUUUCAAUACCCGACCACACUAAAAAUUUCGUUUUUGCUGUUAGCCAUCCUGAUUCUCAGUCAGUCAUUUACAUACUCUCCACUCAAAAUUUAUCUGAGAGGUCAGCUGCUGAUGCGGAGUGUCUUAUUGGGGAACUUAAACCCGAUGCUGUCAUAGUUCAGAUUGAUCACACAGCUCUCACUGAUAUUCAAUCUGAACACAACCUUGUUGAUAACGCUGUUCCCACUUCCUCUUUUGGAGUGCUUAAACGAUGCUUUCUUGAUAGGAUUAACAAGGACCAGUAUGAGGAUGUGGCUGGCAAAUUGGUUUUGAGAGAGAUAUUUGGGGUUGGUUUUCAUGGCCAUUUCUUGGCUGCCAAGAGAGCAGCAAGGGAGGUUGGUUCAACUUUUUUGGUGCUUGAAUCAUCAUUUACCAACAAAUUUCUUGUGCAUGAUCCCUCCAGGGAAGUUGAGGCAGGGAGCAAAAUUCAAGGUCUGGUCAGUAGUUUGGUUCCAAAAAAAGGCACUUCAGUUCUAGUUUCCAGUUUUAGGAGGUUCUGCAUUACCAGUGAUGUUCAGUCACAGAUGGUGAAGUUGUUAUCUUCACAUAUAAAUUUAUUGGAAUCAGGUUCUGCUUCUGAGGUGCCUUCAAAUGAAAUUCAGCCAAGAGGGAGUUAUGAGGCUCCACCAUUUGCACAAUCAAUUUAUCCACUUCUUGUGGAUCUACAUGAUAUAUUUGUUGAUCUUCCUUCAAUUGGAAAAGCAUUAGCACUUUCACAAAAAAUGCUUUUGGAUGUAAACAGAGGGGAAGUUGUGGAUACCGGGAUAAUAUCUGAAGUUUGUACCUUUAGAAUUGCAGUUGAAGCAUUGAGAAUUGCACUUAACAAUGCUGGCCAGCUACCCAUUGACAAAUUACGAAAUGCAAAGACAUCUGAGAUAGCUUUUGCAGAGCUCCCGGUUGAGGACAAGUCGCAUGCACUACUUGCACAGGCUCUUCAAAGCCAGGCUAAGAAGUUCAAGACUGUCGUAGCCAUUGUGGAUGCUAGUAGCUUGGCCGGUCUCAGGGCAAAUUGGAACACUCCCGUUCCUCUAGAGGUCAAGGAUUUAGUUGCCCAUCUUGUAACAGAUGGUGUAGGUGAUGGAGAUAAGGAAGCCUCAAACCACACUGACAAGAAGCGGUUGUUAUCCAAUAAACCUGUGGUGGCAGUAGGUGCUGGUGCAACGGCUGUUUUGGGAGCUUCAUCUAUCUCUAAAGUUAUUCCUGCAUCAACCUUCAUGAAGGUUGUGACAUUGAAUGUUCCUGCUUCAGUGAAACUAGUUAUGACUCAGACCCAGAAGGUAGUAGCAAUUGCGCUUGGUAAAACUCUUGGUCCAUCAAAAUUGGUAGCCCCUGGACUUGCAAGUUCUGGAGCAAAUUCAUCUCUCUUCAAGGCAGUUGCUUCUGCUGAGAAAAUCAGGACAGUGGUCCAUGGCGUUAUUGCCUCAGCUGAAAAGACCAGCUUUUCAGCCAUGAGAACAGCUUUCUAUGAAAUAAUGAGGAAAAGGAGGGUGCAGCCAAUUGGUGUCCUGCCAUGGGCUACUUUUGGGUGUAGCAUUGCAACUUGCACGAGCUUGCUUGUAUAUGGAGAUGGUAUUGAAUGUGUUGCUGAGUCUCUUCCUGCUGCACCCUCAAUUGCCAGUUUGGGUCGUGGGAUUCAGAGUUUACAUCAGGCGUCUCAGGCAUUGAAGCAGAAAGAUGGCAACAGAAUACAAAAAUCCAUAGAAUCCUUAAUGUACAGGUUGAAGAAAGUAAAGAUUCAAUAGGACUUGAUAAUUGUCUUUUUAAUAUAAUUGUAUACUAAUUGUUAAGUAUUUGGUAAAGUGAUGCCUGAAGUAAAGGUUAGAGAAUAAAAAGUCCAUGGUACCGGUUGUGUGUAACACUCUGAGUGUUUAUUUUUAUUUCUGGCUAAGAAUUCAUUCGAAUAAUUAGAUACUUUAAAUGCAUUUCAAUUUUGGAAAGUAUUUGCACUUGUUUUCCAUCUUUGCUUAUUCCAUUAGUCUCUUCUUUACUCCUUGCUUCCAUUUUGUUCUUCUGUAUCCUGAAUUUGAAACGUGUUGCUUUGAAAGCCAUA